AUGGACGCAACCGCCUCCCCCUCACGACGCAAGCUCGUCGGCCAGCCUCUGCUCUAUGCCAUCUCCGUCUUCGCCAGUCUUGGUGUGUUUUUGUUUGGCUAUGAUCAAGGAGUCAUGUCUGGGGUCAUCACAGGGCCCCACUUUCGUAAAUUCUUCAACAACCCUGGCCCAAUCGAGGUCGGGACGAUGGUCGCCGUACUCGAGAUUGGCGCAUUCAUCACGUCCAUCGCGGCCGGUCGUGUUGGAGAUACUGUGGGGCGACGGGGAACCCUCUUCAUCGGCGCCCUGAUAUUCGCCGCCGGGGGCGCGGUUCAGACCUUCACUCCCGGUUUCUGGGUCAUGGUUGUGGGCCGUAUCAUCGCCGGCUUCGGCGUUGGUUUGCUAUCAACGAUUGUACCUAUAUACCAGAGUGAGAUAUCGCCGCCGAACCAUAGAGGCGCAUUGGCCUGCAUGGAGUUCACCGGGAACAUCUUCGGAUAUGCUUCUUCAGUCUGGAUCGACUACUUCUGCUCGUUCAUAGACUCGGACUUAUCCUGGCGCAUUCCGUUAUUCAUACAAUGCGUGAUUGGAGCUCUGCUCGCAGCUGGUACCGCCUUGAUGCCGGAGAGCCCUCGAUGGCUGAUUGACACUGACCAGGACGACGAGGGUUUGCAAGUACUGGUUGACUUGCACGGUGGCGAUCCUCAGGACGAGAUUGCCAACGCCGAAUACGAAGAAAUCAAGGAGCGAGUCAUGAUUGAACGCGAGAGCGGAGAGGCCCGGUCUUAUGCCGUGAUGUGGAAAAAGUACAAACGCCGCGUUCUGCUUGCUAUGUCGUCGCAGGCGUUUGCACAGCUUUUUGGUCUAAUAAUGUUGCUUCCAGUGAUCUCGUACUACGCUCAGGCGGGAUGGAUAGGCCGUGACGCCAUUCUCAUGACUGGGAUCAAUGCGAUCAUCUACCUUCUCAGUACUCUGCCAACGUGGGUAUUGGUUGAUCGCCUAGGUCGUCGCCCCAUCCUGCUCUCCGGCGCUGUUGUGAUGGCGGUCUCGCUUGGCCUUACAGGCUGGUGGAUGUACAUCGACGUGCCGGAGACACCCAAUGCAGUCGUCAUCUGCGUCAUCAUCUUCAACGCCGCGUUCGGCUAUAGUUGGGGUCCGAUCCCGUGGCUCUUCCCUCCUGAAAUCAUGCCCCUCACGAUUCGUGCUAAGGGUGUCUCGCUCUCCACUGCGACGAACUGGGCUUUCAACUUCCUUGUUGGUGAGAUUACACCGUUUUUGCAAGAGCACAUCGAGUGGCGCCUGUACCCAAUGCACGGCUUCUUCUGUGUCUGCAGCUUUGUUGUCGUAUACCCUGAGACGAGGGGUGUGCCUCUUGAAGAGAUGGAUGCUGUGUUCGGUGAAGAGGAACUAGAAGAACGGCUGGAGGACGAGGAGUCCGAAAGAGCUUCUCUUGUCUCGAGACGUUCAUCUCGUAGCAGACGGUCUCGCCUGAGUGUGACCCGGCCGACACCCGAGAGCCGGGGCGUGCUGAGCCGACUGCUCAGCCAACGUAGCCGCGGGAAUUACCAGCCCAUCGAAGGCGACGAAUAG